CUUAUCCCCCGACCCCCGAAAAGUGGGGUUCUGGUGUGGGGGUCCCUGACCUGUCUCUGAGGAAGUCCUGGCAUACAGGGCCACAAACAGGUCCAGUUGGUGCCGCCAUCUGCCCACUGGGUGGCACCCAACCUGCCGGGCCACCAGGCUGAGCUAAGGCACCGGUGGGAGCAGAAGGCAAUUAGGAAGGCCAGGUGGGCUAUGGAGCCCAGAGGGAGCCGGCAGGCUGUAGGGGGCGCCCGUGGGGUCCAGGCUGCAGGCUCGUCCCCAGGCUCAGGGAAGCUGGCCCCUGGGAGCCAGGUAUCUAGGGGCUGCCCAGCCACCAAGAGGCGGGAGCCUCUCCUGUGGGAAUGGGGAGGGGCCCGGCGGUCCACUCCGGGAGGCUGGGCUCCUUGGACCUCACCGCAAGCACCACCGAUGCCAGAACAAGAAGCGGGGGCGGGUUCCAGUGCUACGGGGUGAUACGCGGGGGGGCGGUCAAUCCUCCCUUUCCGGCCAGGAGCUCUGCAAGGUCCCGUGCCCCCUCCCCUAGUCAGCAAAGCUGUCACUCCCGGCCCACGCUGGGGAGCCAGGAGCGUCUGGAGUUGGGUGAUGGGCUCCAGUGGCUGCGCAGCCCUGGGCCGGCCGGGAGGCUCCUGGCGGUAGUCUCCGCCCGCUCCCGCCCCAGAUCUUUGGAAACAUUCGGGGAGGCCUGGGGGCGGGGGAUGGGAGGAGAGGCUCAGCUCUCGCGGGACCAACCCACCGGCAGCCCCAGCCCCUCUCCUGCGUCUCCCCGUGCGCCCCUCUUGCUGUCUCCCACCGUCUCCAGCCCCGGCCCCCGCAGGGCGCUUUCCGCCGCGCGUGGCUGGGCCGGGGCCGCGUGCACCGCAGCCGAGGCCGCCGGCUCUGAGCGCGUGCGCGCAGGUGGCGGGGGCGUCCCGGUCGCGGCCCCGCGGACUCACCGUUCGGCGGACGCAGGUACCAGCAGCCUCGCCGAGCUCCCCGAACCUCGCGCGCUCCGAACCGCUGCUGGACCGCAGACUCCCAGGCAGCCCGCGCGGCCCCGGGGCGGGGGCAGGGGCGGGGCGCGGGAGGGGCCUCCGGGGGGCGGAGUCGGCGAGCCCGCGGUGGGGGUCCCCUCGCCGCCCAGGCCUGCCCCAGCAACUUGGGACAGAUGGGGAGGCUGAGGACCAGAAGGGGGCUGAGACCACCCGCCAGUUUCCCCAGCGAGGUGGCGCCUGAGCCACGACCAGGCCCGGCCUCCUUCCAUCCGGCCCUGCUGUGCGCGCGGCGGGUGCUGACCUGGCGAGGCCGGACAGGGGACCAGGUCGGGGUGAAGGUCACUGACACCUGGACUUGUGGCCAGUCCUCGUUGUGAUCGGAGUGGGAGGCCCACGGGAGACAUCAACACAGAAGACUCCCAAGACCGCUGGGGCCAAAUGUGGGGGGUGGAAGUCUCCCCGCCACCAAGCCAGCCGUCAGUUCUGCAGCAGACACCAGCUGGGUGUCCUCCAACACCGUACCUGGAGAUAGCGUCAGAUCCCACAGGGUGAGCGCUCAGCCCCAAGACGACUACACACACACACACACACACACACACACACACACACCAGCUGCGAGGGCCGGCCUCUGGAACUUCUUGCUGACUGGCCUGAUGUUGAGGUUCCCACUGUCAGAGGAACCCCUGCUCACCAGGCCUCUGGUUUAGUGAAACGUGACCAGAGUGACUCCAUCUUGAAGUAAGUAGGAGGCACUCACAAGGCACCUAUAAGGUGAAUGCUUAUGGUCUAAAAAUAGCCACCUCUCAAGCUGGCCACCAAUUAUAAUUACAGAAUAUUUAUGGCCAUGUGGGGCAUCUCCCAGCAAGCCCGCAGACUGUCCAGAUAACCCGAGAGUACAGGCACUUGACUCAGAGAUAAUGUCAAUGAGCAGCCUGAGGUUGGAGGGUGAAUGGUCACUGAUGGCACCUACAGCCCCUGUCUUUAGUGAGCGCGUCUGCACAUUCCAGGAGUAAUUGCAGCUCCUUACAGUUUCUUGUAAGCAGAGGCACUCACAGAGGACCCGCCCUCCUUCUCCUGCUUUCUGAGCACGCCCCACUCUAGAACGGAGUCAUUUCAAAUAAACCUGCAUCUCUCACUGUG